AAUAGCAAGAAGCACUGCAGCUUAGUAUUAUAAUCCUCCGUUGCGCGUGAAUAUUUGUUAUACAAGUUUUACUAUGAUUUGGAAUUAUUCUUUUUUUUUUCUAUUCAGUACGAUGUGCAUCGGAGUAGAAUCGAUUUCGAACGGUACUUUCAUCUCAAUUAAAGAUGCGCCAUUUUUUGUUACUAUAUUUCCAAAUAAUAUUUUUGCGUGUGGUGGUGCCAUUAUUUCAGAAUAUUGGGUCGUUACAGCAGCUCACUGUUUUGAUUUUUAUAGAGCCUAUGGGACUAUUGUUCUCACAAUUCACACUGGUUCGAGUACUAAACCUACAGAAGGAAAUUACGAUGCCGAUAAAGUAAUAUUCCAUAAAGAUUAUAUACCAGACUCAUUUAAAGGAACAGAAAGAAAUGAUAUUUGUCUAAUUAAAUUGAGUAAACCAAUUGAAUUCAAUGAAUUCCAACAACCAAUAAAAAUCGCGAAAGAUCCUCUAAAAGGUGGCGACAGGGCAAUCACGUAUGGUUUAGGAAAACAAGGUAAAACUCGUACUGAAACAUUGGUUCUUAAAAAAAUGGAAUCAGAUAUCAUGAAUCAAGAAGACUGCCGAUCAAAAUAUAUGAGUUAUCUACAAAGCGAUGUCUUCUGCCUUGGUGAGGAUGGUUUUACUAUUCCAUGUUCAGGAGACUCGGGAGGCCCAAUUGUGGUUGAUGGAAAGCUGGCGGGUGUAGUUAGUCGUGGAGAAUUAUGUAUACACAGAAACUCGAACACAUUAAGCACUCACGUUAGAGUUCACAAACACUAUGAUUGGAUUAUCAAACAUACAGGAAUAAAAUACUAAGAUUUAGAAAAAAUAAUCAUUUUUGUUCGCCAGAAAUUUUGAACAUCUAUUUAUAUACGUUAUUAUAUUAUUUUUUAAAACAAUUGAUUUGGUAUUUGAAAAUUAUUGCUCGCUUACAAAUAGAGAUAAGAUAGUAAUUUUUACACUUAGAUUAAAAAUACAUUUUUACUCAAGCGAUCAAAUGCUGCAGACUUUGGGCACUUUACGAUGCUAUUUUUACAUUUACGGAAAGCUGUGUAGAAUGUUUCAUCGUGGAGAACAAUUGAAUUUAUCGUAUCUUUCUCCAUAUAGCAAUGUGCCUAAAAUAUGUGCAUCAAAAUUAUUUAAAAAUCUAUCGUUUUUAAUAUAUUAAUCGCAGAUAUAUUUACCUUUAUAUAUUCCAAAUGAAAGAACUGCCGAAUAUGAUACAAGCCAAGCUUAGGAAAAAGUGGUAAAUCAUUUUUACUAGGCCGCAGGGCCGUAUGGGCAAUUUGAAAUCCAUAUACGUUUGACAUUGCUUCAAUAAAUUGUUUUUUCUAAAAUUUUUAAGUAAAAAAACUAAAUAUUUGUCCAUGUAAAGUUCAAUUUUUAAAUUUAUAAUGAUAUGCAUACGUUAUCUUUGUGAACACCAGGAAUAACGCAUCGCAUUUUAUCAAGAGAAUAAUCUGGAUGUGCACUUAAAUGACUCUUCAAAGUAUUAUGAUUAUAUCUACGCAGUGAAUCUAGAAAUAUUUUUUUACAGCAUGAUAAAGUAGUUUGAAUGAGUAUUGCACACUAAAGUGUAUACAAUUAUACUUACAAUCUUCCAAUUUGUUUUCAUUUAAUAAAGCAUAUAAAACGCUAGCAAUUUGAACACCGUAUCUCCCAUAAAUGAUUUCUCUAUAUGGAUCAAAGUCAUAAUUAUGAAUGUUGUUCUUACGAAUAAAAUAUUUCAAUAAAUAGUACGUACCGUUUCGUUAUAUGAUGAUUGAAUUCAAGACUAGUAAAAUACACAUUUAUUGCUAAAAAAUUUUGUAUAGUGAAAAUUGUUGUUAAAUGCAGAAAUCUAUAUUGAAUACUUGAGAAAUAUGCAUAUAUUUAUUAUGGUUGGCUAAAAUUUCGUAUACUUACUGAAACGAUUAGCUGGUUGUACUAAAUCUAUAAUACUGAACGGUAGGUAUGCUUUAAAAUGUAUACUACAAAAUUUAAAUAAUGUUAUUAGUUUCAAAAAAUAUGUAAUAUGAUUAUAAGAAAAUCAAUUAAAAACUCACGAUUUAUGUUUUAACAUCGAAAGAUCUUUUUGUUUCAUUAUUUUCCGGUAUCUAACAAUAUCACUAAAAUAACUUCCCUCGAUAUCAUACUAGAAACAACAAGAAAAAUUAGAGCUUGGCUUUGUAUAUUAUAUAUUACGAAAAAAAAACUUACACCCUUAUAAAAUUGUUCCACCAUUCUUGCAAAGUAGACAUCAGGUUUAUACACGUAUGCAGUAAUCGUAUCCAAUUCCGAUUUUAAAUAUGUUUCAUUACUAUACGAGAGUGCAAUCGAUUCUUCGAUUUCACUGAUAAAGGUACGAAUAAUCUUGUUUGUUAGUUGAUGGAAUUCAGAAUUCGGUUGCUUCUAUAGAAAAAAAUUAUUUGUCAGUAAUUUUAAAAUUUUUCGCUUUUUAUAAUAUAUUUUGAAAUGAUAGCCAUAAUAUGUAGACAUGACGAAUAUAGCAUACAAACCUUGUAUUCUUUUAAGAUCCCAUGCGAAAAACCGUAUAAUUUUGUGUUAUGUAAACAAAACUCUGAUCUGCAAUACAAUUAAAAUAAUACACGAUGAGAUCCAUAUUUAUA